AUGGACAACUUAUGUAGCUGGUGUCAAGCGACACGUUGGCAGUAUAAAUGCUUCACCUGUGACCCUCGUAGAGCGAAGACAUUGUGCUUUAAUUGUUCUGUACUAUGGCACUCGCGUGGAUUUGCUGUUACUCAUCAAUUGAUGAAUCGAUACGGAGCUAUACGGUCAUUUAGCGCCUGGAUGCGACCACAGCAGAAGAUCAUCCACAACGUCACUAGGAGCUUGGAGACAGAGGUACAAAAAGAUCCGGCAAUUGGAUUGAAUGACGUUGUUAUUGGUGUUCAAGAUCAGGAGAUUGGAAUAAACGGUAUGGAAGUUACAACACCAACAGGUCCAGAGAAGCAGAAAAAGUUGAAUGAGGAGGCAGCUAAAGACAGUAAGAGUAGUCCAGAAGAGAAGAAGAGAGAGGAUGUAGAAGAAGAGGUUUAUUUGAUGGAGGAAGAGGCUGAAUUUAAAGUGGUCGGUGAGUCGAUGGACAUUGGGGAAGAUGAAGACACUAUGUGUGUUGAGGAAAUAAAGCUCAAGGAAAAGACAACAACUGUAUCGGAGAAAGAAGCACUUGCACGUGAUAAUUUUGUGUCAAGAGCGAGUACAUCAGUGAAGAGGAAUGGGCACUUGGAAUUGAAGGACCAAGAAGAACACAAAAACGAUGCCUCUGUUCCAAUAGCUUCAACUGCCCAAGGUGUCUCUUCAGUACCGUUCUCAGCUCCUCCUGCUGAUGCUAAUUCGCCUGUACAAAAUCGAGAUGCUAGCGCUGGUCCGGUUGAAAAAUCUACUGAUUUCGCCGCCUCCUCCACUGCUCCAGUGUCUUCGACUAUAACGCCUGAUACAGCUAUUGCUUUGAAGCCUCAUGAGCUUGCUGACACAAAUUUAUCGAAUGCGACGUCUCAAUCUUUGUCAGCGGACCUUGAGAAACUGCUGCGGUGUUUCCCUACAACAGAUCCAAUCCUCAUGGAGAUGCUGGCACAACGGAUAGAAGCAGCUCUUGUCAUCGAGGAUGCACUCAUUUGCGCACGGAUCGGGAAGUGUCAAGAAUCUUCGUGCCGUUCUGUGCUACUGCAUUACGAGCAUUAUAAACGCGACAAAAUCUGUAGCGAUCCGAAGUGUACAGAGAUUUCAAAAGUGUAUCAGCACAGGCGUGAUUGCUCAAAGAAGGACAAUGCGUCUACGAGAGAUAACCAAAAGUUUGUGUGUCCGUUUUGCAUUCGUAUUCGACAAAGACGGAAUCUCGGUGUCGUUGUAGCACUAGAUCAUCUUAUAAGUGACCAGCGUCGUGCGCUUCAAGGAGCGUAUAGCGAGGCAAAUCGAAAUGCCUGUUUGCAGACCAUCAAUACGUGGAACAAACGCAAGCAGGUCCUCCGUGACGAAAUAGACGGACUCAAUCGAUUAGCGAGCGAGAGCAACGCUCUCAUUUAUAAUUUCCCGAGGUACCAGUGGCACUUUGGUGAUGUGGCGCUUAUCAAACGAGAACCAAUACUUUUGGGAAGCGAAAGCAAUACGGUGGGGUUAUCUGCACCUGGACCAUCGAUGAAUUGUACAAACAGGUCCACAGCAACAGAGCAGCCAUCUUCGACUCGUUCUGGAGACGAGUACAAUUCUGUUUCAGGCACUUUACAAUCCGAGGACAUCCACGAAGUUGACAUGACAGGAGAUGCACGCUUUGACGCGAACUUCAUUAACGAGCUACUUCGGGCUAAAAGUGAUGCCGGCGAUGGAGGAGAGAUGUCACAGCGGGAGUUUGACGGAGUUAUGGAAUUGGGCUGUGCCAUUGUAGAUGCGUCCUUUUGCGCCCCGUCCAAAGCACAGCGAUGUCUUCUCAACUGCAAGUCUAUCCUUAUACACUUGCAACAUCACCUGGAUUUACAGGUGUGCAAUCAGGCAAUGUGCGCGGCAGUUGAGCACCACUUUUCGCACUUGUCACAAUGUAAAGCCCGCGACAACAAUGAGUCUUGUGAGUAUUGUUUACGCGUAGAGGAAUGCCAGCUGAUGCGGUCGGUCGAUUUCAUGGAGGCGGAGCAACUCGAGGCUGAAGCAAAGGUGCAGCAGAUUAUUAAUGAUAUUACGGCUUCAUUCACAAACCAUCGGCCUGAUGACCGGGAACGGGAGGUGAUUCAACUGGAGGAUGAGUUAGAACAAGCUGAGGCUAACAAGCAACAGUUGCUUACAAAGCUAAGCACUGCGCGCAUGAAUCUUCGAAAGGUGCGUAGAAGCAUGGAGCAUCAUGGCAUGUCUACUUCCACGAGUCGUCAACUCCCAGUGCACUUUAUUAAAGUCAGGCGUACCGAAGGAUCAGGCAGUAGUUCGAAAAAACGGCGACUCAGUGGCUCACUCGACUAA